AUGGUUCAUCACGGCGGUCAUCAUGGAGGUCAUCAUCACCAUCACGGUGGUCAUCAUCACCAUCACAGUGAUCAUCAUCACCAUCACCAUGGACAUCAUCACCAUCACCAUGGUAGUGGACAUUAUAAUAACUCUACUACUAUUUUUACAACUCCUACAGUUGUCACAACUCCAAUUAUUUCUACCACACCGGUUAUUGGUCGUCCAGUAAUUGUUACAACUCCUUUAAUCAGCACACACACUGUUAGAACCACCUCUUAUUCACAUAAAUCGUUAACUGUUGCAUAUAUUUUAUGGUUUUUCUUUGGACUCUUAGGUUUUCACCGUCUUUAUUUAAAUAAGAUUGGCACAUUCUUUUUAUAUUUCUUCACUGCUGGUGUAUUUGGCAUUGGAUGGCUUUAUGAUUUAUUUGCUUUACCAUCAUUAGUAAGACAUCACAAUGAAUGUGCUUUUUCAUCAUCAACAUUUGGUGCACCACAACCAGUCAUUUAUGAAUCCCAAACUGAACCAACACCACCAUAUGAACCAUAA